ACGUAGUAUAAGAAAAACACCCCCAGCAGCCUAGCCCAUUAUAUUGUCUAUCUCUCUCUCUGUUGAUCGAUUGAGUCCAUGUCAUUUUAGCAUGUUGUCCAUGUGUGCCUGUGUCGAUCGUUCAUAUACACAGGUCGAGAAGAGAGUGAAGAAGAUACAAAGAACAGGGGAAGCCCCCGGGACGACGACGACGACAAAGAUGAUAUUAUUGAGUAGAUUGCGGGCUGCCGGAGAUAAGAGGAGGAAGAAACCCAAGAUGGGUGAUUGUUGGCGUAAGUUGAUUUUUCCGGUCAGAAAAGUUUGGUUGGCCGUUUCAGCUCGCGUUAAGGCUCGUAAACAAGGUGCAGCAGGCCUUUUGAAGCUUCAUGAUGACAUACAAACUUGUGGGUACGAGGAUGUCCAGGUGAUGUGGGAGAUGCUAAGACAAGCAGAAUCCAAGCUGACUUCUCUUGGGCAUGAUGAUAAUGCAAAUAAUAAGCAGAAACAACACCGACCUUUUUGGAGAAUUUUUGUUUGGUCAAACCACACAAGUUGCUCGUCUCUCUCUCCCGC